AUGUGGCAGAAAGACAAGUGGAGAGUUAAAGCACACGUGGCAGGCAAAGGAGAGACGGCGACAUAUUGUCGCCGCUAUUGGUCCGACGAAUAUAAUCAGUUCAGCGCCAUUUAUCUUCUUCCCUCCACCUACUUUCCCCCAAAUCGGUUCUGCUUCCAUCCGGUUCCUCUCCACUUCGGCGAAUCUCUUCUUUUCCACUUGAAAUCGGUUCUCCACCGGCACCACCUCGUCUCCACCGGCAUCACCUUGUCUCCACGGCCACCACCGUCACCACCCCUUCUCCUCGUGCAAAAUAAGGGUUUGAAACGUCUUGAUACGUACCGCAAAACUCACACCGAUAAAGAUGGGAAUUUUGUUGACCCAGUAGCCGAGCAGAAUUAUCUUAAUCUAGAACGCGAGAUUAUGGGCGGAGAAAGCAGCGGUUCUAACCAGCCGAAUGAGGUUGCCGCGUUUCAAAACGUUUUGGGUGAUCGACGCGGAUGGUUCCGGGGGCUUGGGCCUAAACCUUCGAAUAAGCCAUCGAACACUUGUAAUGCGCAACCUCAAACCGCACAACCGUUUUCGGAGGAAUACGUUUCGACUUUGUUCCAAAGUCCGGCGUUCAUAAACCAACUUGAAUCCUUUCUUGCGGCGAGGGGAAAGCAAGUCGCACCCGACGAUGAGUAUGACGAUGACGACCUAACUUGAAUCCUUUCUUCCGGUUAUUUUGUACGGAUAUUUUUUUUAGGAUGUUAUUUUUGCGAUUUUUUAGGAUGUUUAUUGUAUGGAAAUGUUUUAUGCGAUUUUAGUACCUAAAG